AUUCACCAGGUUGUGGUAGUUUUUUUAAUACAUUCAUCGAGGAUGUGGGCUACAUUUUAUAUCCGAUUAAUCUAGGACGAUUCGUCUAUUAUAAACGGAGAUUUGUUUUGAACCAGACUAGCUACCGAAGUAAAGUGCGGAAAUGUCAAGUCAGAAGGAAUUGAAGGAGGCGUUCGUCAGUAAUCUGAAUGGGACCAGCCUUGGGGAAGUUGCCCUGGGCUCCUUUCUGGCCCCACUGUGCCUGAUCAGCAGAGGACUGUUUCUGAUUCUAUACCAUCUGGGUAGGGGGGCGCUCCCCCUCCCCUGGAUCGCCCACCUCGUCCUGGACUUCUCCAUGAUCAUACUGCCUCUGGUCUUAUCAUGUACUGUUCUGAGUGACAUCCUUCACCUAGUCAUCCUGGGCCUGACUGUUGUGUCUGGGGCUGUGCUAUGCUAUAUCUACCGUACCAAAAGGCCAACCAGGCCCAGCGCAACGUCUAAGGACACUGCUGCCAAGAGCUUCUUCCAGAGCCAUAUUCAGUGCGACCAGGUGCCCUUCGUGACGAUCUUUCGAGUCCUGGUCAAUGUGAAAACGGCCAUUAGCAUUCUAGCUGUCGACUUCAGCGUGUUUCCAAGACGCUAUGCAAAAACAGAAACCUAUGGAACGGGGGUUAUGGACUUUGGUGUUGGAGCCUAUGUCCUCGCCAACGCCCUGGUCUGCCCAGAGGCACGGAGGAAGGAAGUCUCAGGAUCCAAGUUAAGCCAAGUGGUCAAACAGCUCGUGUCUGUCUGGCCCCUGGUCAUUCUAGGCUUGGCCAGGCUGGUGAGUGUGAAAAUGGCUGGUUACCACGAGCACGUGUCUGAGUACGGCGUGCACUGGAAUUUCUUCUUCACCCUAGCCAUAGUCCGAGUGGCGGCCUCUGUGCUAUUGGCUCUGUUCCCUGUCAACGGGUCAUGGCUCCUGGCCCUUCUGAUUGGAGGACUUUACCAAGUGACCCUGGAGAUGUCUGGACUGAAGUAUUCCAUCAUCCACAACAAUGACAGGACGGGAGGCUUUCUGCAAGCCAACAUGGAGGGGGUUUCAUCUGUUGUGGGCUACAUAGCCAUCUAUAUGGCAGGGGUCCAGAUUGGACUGUAUGUAAUGCGACCAAGGACACAGGUCAAAGAGUGGAUCAGAGUGAUUUGGAAUCUCUUAUUGGGAAGUGCUGUGUUGUAUACUGGCUUGAUUCUGUGUCAGGCCUCUGUUGAGCCAGUGUCUCGCAGGAUGGCCAAUCUACCGUUCUGCCUCUGGACCAUCGCCCAGUCCAUGUUUUUCUUGUCCUGUUUAGCAACUGCUGAUGUUAUUUUGUUUUUUAUGAAAACGGUAUCAGGUUGCGUAUUGGUGUCGUCUUCCUGGUAUCCUUGUAGAAAGGAAGCCUCUGUAUCUGAGGAGAAAAUGGAGAAGAAAGUUCAGGGACUUUGUCUCAUUCAAGCUGUCAACCGUAAUCAAUUGUUGUUUUUCAUGCUUGCCAAUUUACUGACUGGAAUCACGAAUGUGCUAGUAGAUACAUUCAAUAGUAGUGAUUACAUUUCUGUGUGUGUUUUGCUGUCAUACAUGUUUAUAAAUAGUUUUGCAAUAUAUAUUUUACAUCUCAUGAAAAUCACAGUAAAAUUCUGGUAAGCACAGCGCCAUUCUCUUUACAAUGCCUGCCUGUUCUUCUUAUUUUAAUUAAGUUGUAGACUUAUUCCUCGCCAACGAGGAACAACUGUACUGUUUUGUUACAUCGUUUUCCAUAUUAUAGUUGGUGUUAAAGGUCCCGAACAGUCAUUCUGAUUUCCAUGUAAAAUAGCCUUUUGAGUAACUAAAAUAUCACCCAUAAUUUAAUUAAAAAAUGUCUCUCAUGGCUAACUACCAGGAAGUUAGAAAAUACAGGCUGAGUGGGCAGGGAUCUUAUAUUCAUGAGCUCCCCUUGACAGACAGCUCUUUGAAACGCCUACAUCAAGCAACGUGGACACAGUGUUGCAGUUAAAAUCAUCUCAAGCUAAUUUUGGUGAAACACAAAACAACUCAAAACAUCACUAACCACUUUUUCAUCCAGUUUUAAUGUGGGUAAAGUCAUACCGUAUUAAAAUAAAAUCAUGACAGCUGUGAUGAAAACUGGUAGUUUCAGGACAAUCUUUGUAAAUGCCGAGAGAAUUUGUUUGUUUCGACAUGCUGGGAUCUUUUUGUGUCUGUAAAAUUAAUUAUGUGAGAAAUGGUGUUGGAAAUGCCUUUAUGUGCAAACAUAUCAAAGUUAACUUGGAGUCACUCAAUAUUUUAUUUUACCUUUAUUUAACUAGGCAAGUCAGUUAAGAACAAAUUCUUAUUUUCAAUGACGGCCUAGGAACAGUGGGUUAACUGCCUGUUUAGGGGCAGAACAACAGAUUUGUACCU